GAAAAAACUAAACCAACUGGUUUAAUGAAUAGUCUAAAGGUAAAACGAGUAAAAUCAAAAGUUGAAGAAAAAAAAGGGGAGCACAUGAGACUAUUGCGCAAUCAUUCUACUAAGAAUAUUUUUCAUCGCUCUCCGAUAUAAGGAUGAUCUUCGGACGUUACUCUCGGGCACGUUCCUUUUUAUACUAUAAAUUUCUUUCUUCUAGGAAGAUUUUUAUCGCGUGAGCGUCAACGAACGUGGAAAUCCCCUUGGACGGGUUGCGUAAAUGUAUACACGAUAUGCGUACGUACACGCACACAUACGUAACUUACCUCCCAACCGUUUCCUUUUUAAAUAGAUCGAACGUUGACAAAGCCGCGAGUAAGAAAUAACGGAGAAACAAAGAGAUAACCCUCUAUCCGCGAAGGUGUACCUUCGCCGAAAAGUUCCUCCCUAUCGCUUGCGCAACUGGACAAGCGUCCGACGCGAGUGCAAUAAUGCGUACGACCCGAGAGAUUAGACGCGAACCAAAGCCCCUGGUGACGAGCAACCGGUGAUAAGUCGCGGUCGGAAACUUUGCCAGUCGCUCGACUUCUCUCUUUUCUCUCGGCCUUCGACGAAGAUAUUUGCUAUUGUCGCGGGAAUCUUCGUUAUCCCUUCGUCUUCUCCGAACAGUCGAAUCGAGGAAACGUUCGUUCGUAAGUAAAUCGGUUAACGAGAAGACGCAGUUAAUUCGAUUACGUGUAUUCCUUUUCUUUUCCCAUUCGUACUUGUCGCUCGACACGUACCGGAUAUUUACGCAAAUAAGUGUUAAGGUAAACGUUCUCGUUAUUUCGAUAGAAACGUUUCGUUAUUUUUAUAGUCGACGAGGAGAGUUAUACGUCGAGCGCGAACGCAUGACAAUUCGUUUCCCAGCAAAAUUCUUUUUCUUUUCCGUCGCGCGUUCGUUUUAUAUUAUCGACGCUCGUGCAAUAAUAUUAUUCGACCAAGCGAUUCGUCUCCAUUGUCUCAACGUCUCUCGUUCGCGCUUAUUUAAUCGUGCUUACAUCUAGGUACUCGUACUUUAGACUUUUCCUUGUUUUCAAGAUCUUAGACGCUGCCCUAGUUGCGUUUCCUUUUUUCUCUACUAUUUUCACGCCAGCAAACAAUGCUAAGUGGAUAUAAACAUCUUACGUCGGCAAACACGUUUAAAUACGAUAAUUGCAAUCGUUUAAUUGCGAUACCGAUGGCGUAUUGUCCAUACAUCUCAGCCUUUUUAUACGACACAGUGUUGUUGUUAUUCCGCUUGAUAAUGCGGGGUCAAGUACAAAAAGUUGUAAACUGAAUAACAAUCGACCGAACGAGAAAUCGAGGAUUACGUUUUGUAAGAAAAUUUAAUUGUCCUCGUACGUAUAUCCUGUAUUCGGAGAAUGUACGGCUCUUGAUUUAUUAAGAUAUCUUUCGAGCAAAAAACCGUAUCCCUUAGGAGGAGAAACAUUAUCGCCGUGUAAUCGUGUAAAAAACUUAUCGAUGAGCCGUCUUAACUACGAUCAAGUUUUCAGCGAUACGAGUAUCUCUGAUUUCUUCGACUCGUCGAUCGUAAAAUGUCAAUCGCGAACGCGUGCGCGUAGGAAGAACGGCGAUCGUCUCGAUGGCAAAAUUAUCGGGGCGCAAAAUUUGGUCGCUCAAAUCGAUCAAAGUCAAAUCGGCGUUGCUGUUUGUAGAGUUCACGGAUCUAUCCGUCUGGUUCAUCGUAAAGAGGCGGUAGCUCGACGCGCCGGCCGAGGUACGACGAGUCGUAUGACGAAUCGGGAUUUAGAUUCAUCCUUAAGAUUAAGUUUUAGAAGCGUUUCUCGUUUUUCUUUUUCCUCUUUCUUUACCCCUUCUUCCCUCCCGUUUCUUUGAACGGGCAUAGUUGCGUCGCACGGAUUCCACGUCGCAAUUCGUCACGUUCCUUUAUAAAUUCCACGUGUAAAGCAAGCCACUUGUGAACCUUGACUCUUUGACAUUAUCGUUUCCCCAUCGGCGUUGCGCGCUGUCAUUGUGUUUCUUCGGUCAACGGAUAUUGCGCGCACACGAAUCUACGAGACAUUUCACGAUGCGCAACGAUCCACGCAUUCCUCCAAAAAGUCAACUUUUUCUUACCUCGUUAGGAAGAGAUUUUCUUUCUCGCCGGCGACGAUUCGCAAUCCAGACGAUUUGUCUGUUCGAACGGCAAGGAAAUGAGCAAAUAAGAAAACAGUUUCAUUCGUUCGAACGAUCUUCCUCGGUUCGACGCGUAGUGUCGAGAUAUUUUCUUUCUUUCCUUUUCGUAGUUCAGACCCAAAAUGAUAUGGCAUAGCAAAGGGACGACUUCCCAUCGCGAAAAGAGUUCUUUUUACCGAAACGAAUGUAAAAUCCCCCGUCGAAUCAACGGACGAUUAAUCGUAAAUUAACGACGGACUUGGCAAUAGACCUAGGACCUAGGUCGAAGAGAAUCGGUUCCCAAAGUCUUGGGAUAAUGUUAUUCGCCUUUCACGCAGAAGGGCGCGCGACGACAAAGUUAUUAACGCGAGUUGCAACAUUCGUAGAAGUGGCAAACGUACGAGCGUACGCGGUGCCUCGUCGCUCGUCGCGUGAAAGCCGUGAAACGGUCUUACGUCCCGCACGAAAAUUCUCGAGCUGUCUUUCGUUUCUUUCCAAUUAUUCUCGAUUCCAUCGGAGGAAAGGGAAAGGAAGGAAAGAAAGAAAAUGAGAAACGUAACGGAAGACGGGCUCGAAGCGGAGCCGCUCGCCUUGACAGAGAUUUCGACGAUCCGUUACGUUUCGUCCGCACGUACGAUCUCGAGAGGCGACCCCUCUUGCUCUCGGCGUAGUAAUGGUCCGUGCGCGAAGCAACGAACGCGGCGAAAUCGAAAAGCGUUUACGCAACGAUCGUUACGAUCCUAUGCGAAAGAGAUUGAUCGUUUCAUUUUCUAUAUUAUCGUUCCUAUCGUUACACCAUGCCGUUUUUUCUCCCUUCCUUUUUUAUUUCUUUCUUUCCUUUUUCAUUCGACAAGCACAAGUCGUCCUCGCGCAUACAAUUAUCGUGCAACCAUGAAAACAUGAAAUAUUCACUCGGCUUUCGUUUUUCUCCGAGUUCUUUCACACUCCGUUGACAUUUAUUACGACGAUCGAGCCAGUUAACGAUGAUUAUCGAAUGAAAAAAGCUCAGAACAAUUUUUUCUUCGUUAUCUUAUCACCCACGAGGAUCGCGACUCGAAACUCGUUCUUAGGACGAUCGUUCUCGCUCGAUGGUACGCGUUCGCUUCGCUCGCGAUAGAUCAAUUUUCCGUCGCUGCCCAAUUCGCAUGUAGAUACGAAUGUAAGAAAAAUAGGAAAAAAACGAAUGCUCGGAUCGUUCCAACGAUUAAUUAUAUUAAAUACGAUAUUAAAUACAAAUACGUUGGCGUAAGAUACAGCGUCCUUUCGGCGUAACGACGACGAUCCUCCUUCGUUCUCCAUCGAGUCGACGCGGAGUUCCUCGAAGCGACAUAAUUACUUUAUCCGUUCCUCGUUCGAGGCCACGAAACGUUGCGGAAGUUGUAUACGAUCAACAAGAAUUUUAUUACAAGUUGACAUCAAUAUCCUGACUUCGCAACACUAUUAAACUAUCUCGACUUUACAUACAAACAAGCGUUUUGCAUCGCUAACGUUGCAUACAUAUCUCGAUUGUAUUAAUUUAUCGACGUGGCUAAAGUACAAAACGAUUCUUUCGAAGAAGCACCCGAAGGAAUCGAUUCGUAUCCGAAUGGAGCUCGAAUCGAAGUUGCGUUGGUUAUAAAAAAGAAAAAGAAAAAAAUAAAAUAAAAUAAAGGAAAAAGAAAGAAAAAGAAGAAACGAGAAAAAAGAACGCGCGAAUUCGAUUUUCUAUUCGUCGAUCGUGCGUGACUUCUCCUUUAGCCGUAGUAAGAAGAAGAAUCGUGCUUACCCUUUCCGCGUUAUCCCCUUCAAAGAUUUUACCGUCGGAUGCAGUCCCCCCCCCCCCACCAAGAAACGUCGCGUCGUACUUUUUCCAUGGUCCAUACGAGAAACCAUCGUUCGUAAUCCCAUUAAACGAAAUAAUACAUAUUUUUUGUCGCACGUUCGCUCCUACCGAUUCCUUCGAGUUAGUCGAACGUACAACGACGAUUUAAAUAGAAAAAAAAGAGAAGAUAUGCGAAACGGAAAAUGUAUACAUACAUAAAUUCAGUUCGUUUCCAUUUAAUGACGCAACGAUUAAUGCAUUGACGUCAUCGCGAUGAAUUGGAUUCGUUCGUAAAUAAAAUUCCAAGUCGACCGACACCGAGGCGCAAAUCCGAAAUUAUCAAUUAAACGGUAAAUGCAAACGAUGCGCGAUUAUACAACGUGCAUCCUUCUUCUCCGCUCUCUUGACGUAACAUCGUCGAGGUUCUCUCAUCGCGCUACUUGCCAAAUAGGAAAAAACAAAAUGGAAACAAAUCGGACGAAAGUUUCCCCUACCUUUCCAACGACAACUUUCAACGUGGGAAGGGAGAAAGGACGGGGCGGUCGGGGGAAACGGGGGGUUGCAAUCGUUGCGGUACGAGUACGUAGCAACGUACGUACACGCGCGAGAAGAGAAGGGAGACGCGGGUUUGAUCUAAUCGCAGGUGAAUACCCCACUUCUUCGACUUAACGCGACAUGGUAUAACAGGUCGUAUGCGCGAGCGCGUCUUUCGAGUGUACUUUUCGACCGAUCGGACAGUUCUACGGAAACGCCGGUUCGAGCGGGUCGAUUUUUUCUACCCUUACCGUUCGUCAGUCUCAUCGUAUCGAUCCAAAUAUCGUACUUCGGAUACUCUCUCGAGUUUCUUUGCGAAACGUAAAUACGGGGAUCGAAAGGCAGCGAGAGAGAGAGAGGGAGGGGAAGAGAGAGAGAGAGAGAGAGAUCUUCACCGACCGCGCGUUCCAUCAGACAGGGGUGCCGUUGACUCGUGUCACUUGACUCGACCGGAUUCAUUGUCGAUUCAUUUCCACGCUAAUCUUCCAAAUGAAUAUCACCGGCGUACCACCGAUCGACAAAAUGGCCAACAUCUAUGACAAUUCGUUGGUCCGAUUCUGGCACUUUCUUUUUCACGAUCUCUCGGAUCCUCGAACACGGAAUUGGUUCCUCGUGUCUUCGCCGGUGCCAGGCGCCAGUAUCCUUAUCGGUUACCACUACUUCAUCCACUCCUGGGGUCCUAAGUACAUGGAACAUCGGAAACCGUUUCAAAUGAAGAACGUUCUAGUCAUGUAUAAUCUUAUACAGGUCCUACUCAGCACUUGGAUCUUUAUCGAAGGACUCAGCUCUGCCUGGUUAACGAAAUACAGCUUCAAAUGCGAGCCCGUAGAUUUUUCGGAAUCACCGGAAGCCCUCAAAAUCGCUCGAAUCGUUCACGUUUAUUUUCUCGCUAAACUGACGGAGCUUCUCGACACGGUCUUUUUCGUUUUACGAAAAAAGGAGAAGCAAGUUACGUUCCUCCACGUCUAUCAUCACACCGUGAUGCCUAUGAUCGCCUGGGGUGCAACGAAAUAUUAUCCUGGAGGUCACGGUACCUUUAUAGGUCUCAUCAAUAGCUUCGUCCACAUCGUGAUGUACACGUACUAUUUACUAGCCGCAUUAUUGCCUCAAUAUCAAAAGUAUUUAUGGUGGAAGAAGUACAUAACGACGUUGCAAAUGGGACAAUUUUGCCUGGCGUUCUUGCAUAAUUCCCAAUUGCUUCUAUACGACUGCGGUUACCCAAGGUGGAGCGUCGUUUUAACCCUUCCAAAUGCAAUAUUCUUCUACCUCCUUUUCUCGGACUUUUACAAGAUGGCCUAUGAGCCCGAUCGAAGGAAGAAAAGUACAACGACGACGAACGGAAAGAUCGAAUCAAACGGUAUAGGGAGAAAAAGCGACGGCAACGAUUUCGAAGAUACAUCGAACGUUUCUUCCAUCAGGAAGAUAAAAGUCGUCGACAAAGGAAAGGAGGAUUAAUGAUUGAUCGGAUCUCGCCGAUGAUCAUUACGUUGGAGGAUUUUACUUUGAAAUUUCAGAAAAGACAGAAGGAAAGAAACAAGAAUAACGAAAGAACAAAAAAGAAAAAAAAGUCGAAGAUAAAGGAAGCUCGUUUCUUCGUGCCAAAUCGAAUCCUUCGAAUCGAGAUGGACUCUUAAAGAUAUUCAUUUUUACGCGCACGCACGGUCAAUCAUUUUCAUGGAUACGAACGUUAACGAACGAAAGAGACAACGUCCCGCUUGGUUAACGUUAACGGCGCGUUAAAUUUUCACGUUCGCGAAGAAACAUUCCUUGUUAGCAGAAAAGAAAUCUUCAAAGUUCUUCCUUUCGCUUUGCUUCAAACAUAUGAGACGAUAGAUCCUUCGAUAUAAUAUUAUCGACGGCUGCUAGAGAGGGGAGAGAGAGAGAGAGAGAGAGAGAGAGAGAACGAUCGAGAGUAGGAAUAAAUCGGCAAUUGAUAUUUCUAACAGCUCUGCGAUCGCAAUCGCCUAUCGAAUAUUAUAGAUUAAAGUUUCCUCAUGUGCCAUAACAACAACGUUAACGUAUCGUCGAGUUCUCUUUCCAUCGUUCUCUCUGGCAUCUCGUUCAUUUUUGCAUCGCGAUACGCGCUUCGUUCGUACUUUAGACUUUAUACUUUACAAGAUAAGGAACGCGUUAGAAAUCCGGUCGUAGGAACUUUAUUUCGGUCUUACCGAAGCUUCGGGAUUAAUAUCUACGUGCGAGAAUACACAUGGCUUUUGCUGCAAGUAGAAACUUUCCCCGUCUCGCCUUCUUACGUCACAUCCGUUUUUUUUUCUUUUCUUUUUCUCUUUUCUUCGUACGACGUAACGUAUACGUCUAUCUAUUUUUACCUAAACUCUUACCAACUUUCCUUUUAAAAAACAAAACAAGAAAAUCAGUUUUCACGCAAUAAGAACAUUUUUUCCAUCGUUUCCCGGGAUUCCUGCUUUUUGGUCUUUUCGAUUUUCGACGAGAAAAAAAGGAUUGCGACGAGUCGAUCGUCUAAGAUUCGCCCACUGUUUCUCUUCCUUACGAAUACGAAAUUUAUUCUUAUAUCUGACGAUAAUAAGAAUAAUAGUAAUAAUAACAGUAGCGAUAGCAAUAAUGAUAAUAAUGAUAAUGAUAAUAUUAAUAAUAAUAAUAAUAAUAAUAGUAAUAAUAAUAAUAGUAAUAACAAUAAUAAUAAUAGUAAUAAUAAUAAUAAUAAUAAUAAUAACGACGACGACGACGACGACGACGACGACGACGACGACGAUAAUAAUCAACUCCAAUACGUAUAUUAUACUUUAUAUUCUAUUAUUAGUAUAUUUAAAAAUCACAGUCUUAGUUGAAGAAUUGACAACAGAAAAUACUAUCUUGUAAACCUAUCCAUAUAGUAAUAUUUAUAAUGUACAUUACAAAUGAUUCUCCUCUCGCAUGACAUCCAGACGCAUCCUCGCAUAUAUGUAUUUAUAUAGCUAUAUAAAUAUACAUGUACACAUAUACGUGUAUGUGUGUAUAUACAACAAUAGGGUUCAUUCUCUCUCGCAUCGGCAUCGAAUUUCCAUAUACAUAUAUGUAUAUAUAAAUACGACAAAACACCGUUUAAAAAGGAACAAUCGAUAGAGCAAAAUCAAAUUGAUCGAGAUACGACAAAAAUCUGGAUAUCUUACAUCGAUAGCGGCUAAGAACAAAGAGGAUAAUUUUAAAUACGAGAGUACUUUUGACGUUUUACACGAAAACAAGUUCGACGAGCUAGUUGAAAAUCCUACGAUGACGUUUUCAAAUAGGACCUAUCUACAAUAUGCGCGUACACAAAUGUCUCUUGUCUUUCUUUCUUUCUCCGUGUUGUCCACGUCAAAUAUACAAAAUAUGAUAUAGAUCGACUCUGAAACAUCGUGCGUACCAAUAAAUUCUGUGUCAUUUGAAAUAGUAA